AUGGCUGCAGGUUGCUGCUAUCAAUGUAAAGGGAAAGCGAAGCAGCUAUUUAUAAGUCGAUACGUCGAUGAUAGAGACGGCCAAGGAAAACGUAAGUGUCUGCUUGGAAAACCAACAACCAUGGGAAGGACCUUAGGCUUCAAAAGACUGCGUGCUUCCAAAACCCAACAAAAGAGUAGUUUUGCAGUGGUGCCGCCAUGGGUAAUUGUUAUGUAUAACACCAUAUUCUUUAGAAAUUGCGUCAGCCAUCCGAACGAAAAGAAGAAUGAGUUAGACCGAUUUUGCAUCGACUGUCUUCAGUCUUUUUGUUCUCAUUGCCUCUCUGCUCACGCUAUUCACAAGCACGUUAAGAUUCGAAGAUACAUAUACAGCGAUGUCAUCAAUCGACAAGACUUGUGCAAGCUCUUCAAUUGUUCUGGAAUCCAGAGUUAUCAUACGAAUAAAGCCAAAGUGCUAUUCUUGAAGCAAAGGACUCAUCAUCAGCAGCACCACCAACAGCAACAACAAAGCAAUUCAAGGGAUUACAGCUGUAUCAUUUGUGACAAAAAUCUGCAAGAUAACUCACUCUAUUGCAGUAUAGCAUGCAAGGUUUUAGACAUAUACGACCAGGAACACAGAGAAGAAACCAGUAAUAAUCUUCACAGUAAACUCCUCCGCUGUCUCAAAGAUGAAGGUGAAGCUUAUGUUCGACUACCAUCAACCAAGAAGCGAAGGAUAAGGCAAACUAGAAAAGGCGUCCCUUUAAGGGCUCCGCUGUUCUGAUUCGAUAGUGAGUGAUCAGGAC